AGGUGUGGCUGCUCCAGCAAGAAGUGUGAUUCUCCAUUUUCUCUCUCUUUCUCUUUCACAAUAGAUGACAGCAAGACCUACCAGUGCUCCUAAAGUCCUCCAACCAGUAGGAGGUGAUGAGUCAACUGCUGCUGCUUCUGUUAGUUGCUGUAUGAGACAGGAGCUGUCGCUCUCAAGACUGCACCAAUCACUCCAACAACUGCAAGAGUCUUUAGUGGAUAAAGAUUACAGUAUUCAGUCUUUAAACGAUGAAGUCUCAAGGCUCUCAGUUUUUGAAAAGGAAAGCGAACGAAAAGAUAAAAUAAUUUCAACUUUGAGAGAAGAAAUUGCUAAACUGCACAAAUCCAACAUGGAGAAAUGCAUUAAACUAAAUCCAGUGAUGGAAGAACUGAAAAGUAUUAAAAUAUUAAUACAAGAGAGAGAUGGGGAAAUUGAUGCAUUACAAACUACCGUCAGUGAAUUAAAUGAUAAGUUAAGUAGAUCAAGACAGCAGGCAGCUGCUCUUCAGACUCAACUAUCACACAAGAACUCUCUCCUAGCGACACAAUCGGACGAACUGAGGACUUUAAAAAGAGAAAAGAGACAGUGCGAUGAUCACAUCAGCUCAGCCAAUGAAUUCAGCAAAGAGAAGCAAUCAACCAUCACCUCACUUAAUGAUAAAGUUAAAAGAUUAAAGACAGCCAAUCAAGAUUUAACCCAGAGGGUGGAGUCCACUCAAUUGAAAUAUUCUCAAAGCAUUGAAACUGAGAAGCUGUUACGAGAUGAGAUACAACAACUGAAAGGGAAAUCAAGCCAAAUCAAGCUCCAGUUGUCCAAUACACAGGAUCAACUUCAAACAACAAAAACAACAAACAACAGGAUAAACAACGAACUUGACAAAACAAAAGAACAAUUGGAGCAGUUAUGUCAUCAGUUACGAGGGCUGGUCUGUUUAGAAUCAUCAUCUAAACUCUCACUCUCUCCGGACGUGAUAGUAUCAAACGUUGACUCUAUAAUCAAAGAACAAGUUCAACUGAAGAAGAACCAUGAACAGCUUGAAGAAAGACACCAAGAGGCAUGCGAGAGACUUGCAAGUCUACAAAACGACGUGAAAUCUGUUUCAAGAUGUCUAUCAAACAUUCAACCUCUUUCUCCCCUCCCAUCAGUCGUCUCUACAAUACAGAGCUCAGUUAAUGAUAUUCAUGUAUCGGAUGAGGGCGUGUCCCUUAUAGUCCAAUGCCUCACUAACCUCUGCAGUAACGUCCAAUCACUGCAGACCAACAUUGAGCACAUUAAUAAUGCAUUGAAGACAGGAAUGAAGAGCUUGUUACCUGAUAAACCUAUUAGUGAUAAAAGUAUUGAUGCUUUGAUUGAUUGUUUGUUGGAAGUUACUAGAACUAAUUUAUCAAAGAAUGAAGCACAGCAGCUCCAGAUUGUAGUCCUCACUGAAGAGAAAGAUGCAGCCAUUAAAGAGAGAGAAGCAAGAGUUCGUGACGAGUGCAACAUUGAGCUGAGGGAUAGAUUAGGAACACUGCGUGAAGAGGAGAGGAUCAAAAGAGAAAAGGAAAAAGACGAACUAGUUACAAAAGCACGUGAAGAAUUGAAAGAGACGAAUGAUCAAAGAUUGAGCGAAAUCAAAUCACUGAGACAAGAAUUGAAAACCAAAGAAAAGGAGCUGGAGACUAAAUGUGAAGAAAUAAAAGAAUUAAAAAUUAACUUUAAUGAUCUCACAAUAGCAAAUACCAACCUCAUUAACGAGCUGGGUAAAUUGAAGGCUAGUUUGCAUCAUGAAGAGAAGGAACACAGCGACACUCUGAUACUAAUAAAGACUCAAAAUGAAACGAGAGAAAUGGACAUUAGCAGAACACUACAAGAAUAUAAAAUACAAUGUCAAGAACAUGCCAGUACUAUAGUGUCUCUGGAAGGUAAACUGAUUGGAGCAUUAGAAGAAGGAACAAGAUGGAAAGAGAGAGAAAUGAAUACUCAAGAGAAGCUAAAGUCACUUCAAAAUGAACUAGAGCUGUUGCAAUCUUCCAGUGAAUCGUCUCAAAGUAAAACUAACAACAUUCUACAAGUGUUGAGGAGACAGCUGGUGCAUGCUAAUGAAAGCUCUGACAAAGAGAGAGAGAGAGCGAGAGAGGUUGAACUGAAAAUGGAAGAAAUGAAAGAAAAGCAAAAAGAAGAGAUUGAUAAGUUAACGUCAUCUCAUAAAGAUCAGAUCAGUGAUUUGAGAUCUCAGCUAGCUCAACGAGAAUCAACGCUAGCUGAACUCUGCCAAUCUGCUACAAACAAGACUCCACCCACUGAACCACACCCCAAAAAAUCACCAGAAAAAUUAACAGUCGAAGAAGACCACACCCAUUUAUCAAAAGAAGAGGAAGAGGACACGCCCCCUGAUGUGUUGGUUGCCGUUGGUCACCGUUGUCUUGGUGACAAUCACCAAAAAGUGAUUGAUAGUCAGAAACAUGCCCUCCACGAGAUGAGACGAAGAAUAGACGAACUAAUGAGGACACACCCACCUGUGCCCAGUCAUCAGGCCGCAUUGAAGGAAUUAGCUAAAUUGAGACAAGAACUGAUUGAAAUGAAGACAAACGAAAUCAUGAGGAAAGAGGAGGAGAACAGGAAAGGGGUGGAGUCUGUUGCCAUGGAGAUUGGUCAUGUACCUAGCAGAACGCUGAGUCAGUACGAGUUAGAACUGGAAGAAGCUUUGCAAGACAGUGAAGACGCUUAUAAUAACCUGUUGAUGUUUUUGUCUGAAAAGUUGCACAUUCCGAACAUGCCUGACUUUAAGCCGCUAGGAGGUGUGAAUAAGGUUGCUAGGCAACACAUCCUAAAGGAGAGAAACGAAUUUAUUGAAGGAUCAUUGAAUGAGGCUUUGACGGUAGUCAGGGCCAGACAUAAACCAGUUCCUGUAACCAGUCAAACUGGUCAGACCAGUAGCGAGAGACCUAAGAGUGCUAGUGUACCUCAACCUGUACCUGUUCCAGAUUUGAGUCCUUAUGGUGUCUAUAAUAAUGAAGUUUUGGAGCGAUUAGACCAAGAGAAAAGACUCCAAGAAGCAAUGGCUAAAAGAAAAGAAUAUAAAUCGUCCAAGCAAAGACACAGAAGACGUUCCCAUUCUUGUAUGUUGACAAGCGAGGAGGUCCAGCACAGAAUGGAUCAGGUACGGAGGCUGUAUUCUCAGAAAUUGGACAAGAAAUCGGCAGAAAUAGAUCACUUAAAACAAGAGUUGAAGUCUAGUCAGCAGGAGAAUGAAAGUUUUGCUUCAAAAAUGAAAAUAUUACGAGGAAAAUAACUAAUAAAUAAUAAUUAUUAUACAAAAUUUGUA